AGUUCGAUUCGGACGCGCGCGUCGGGUGCACGGGAACAAAAUUCAAAAUUUCAAAAUAUCUAUUUAAAAAAAAAAGGACAUAUCGUAUAAAAUGUAUUGAAACAUUUAAAGAAAAAAAGGUUACUUGGUGUAAUCUUUAAUUCAUAUAAAAAAAUCCAUUAAGAGUACGUACUUCUUCGAAUAUGAAAACCGAAGACGAAAGAACAAUUUCGGAUGUAGAAAAAAGCUCGGAGAAGGUAAACGAACUGUCGUUCGAGGAAGCUUUCGAGUUAACUGGCCAUGGCAGAUUCAAUCAUCUGGUCCUCUUCACGAGCGGUCUGAUCAUGCUGAACGUCUCCAUGGAGUCGGUCGGCAUGAGCUACGCUAUCACCUCAGCUGAGUGUGAGCUUGGAUUGAACAGCAUGCAUAAGGGCUUGAUUAAUGCCGCUGCUUUUAUUGGUAUAAUCGCGACGUCGUUCCUGUGGGGCUAUCUGGGCGACAGAUUGGGUCGCAGAGCCGUCAUGUUGCCAGCGACAGUCGGUUCAGCCUUGUUGUCGGUGGCUUCAUCGUUUUCCAGCAAUUUCUGGAUGCUGAUGCUACUGAGAGUACUCACUGGAUGUCUCAUAUCAGCAUCCAGUGCAACGGUGUAUGCUUACCUCGGCGAGAUGCACACGAGCUCCAGGAGAGCCGCAGCCAUCGCCUGGGGAUCAGCAUUCAUAUCGUUCUCAUUCAUGAUACUACCAGGUCUAGCCUGGCUGAUAAUUCCCGGAAAAUGGACGUUCUCCUUGGUCUUCAUGGAUAUAGUGCCGUGGCGAGCGUUCGUCUGGUGUUGGUGCGCGCCAGGUCUAGCGGCUGCCUUGAUCCUGCUGUUCCUACCCGAAAGCCCAAAAUUUCUGCUGGCCAACAAGGGCCCGGAAGCGGCAUUACCGGUUUUGGCUACUAUGUACGAGUGGAACUAUGGAUCUGGAUUAAAAUAUCCGGUGGGAAGGAUAUCGACGUCAAAUUUAGAUGCCCAAAGAGUUGGAGGAUUCGUCGGAGCUGUGAAGGACAUUGCCCUAAUGUUCAAGCCACCCCUCCUUAGAUGUGUUUUCAUCUCACAUACAUCUAUGUUUGCCGUUUUUAUGGUAUCGAGUGGUCUGUACGUGUGGGUACCGGAUAUCCUCAACAGUAUUCUGCGCGACUCGACCGAUCAGAACAUAACCAUAUGCCAGAUUAUAUCGGAUAAAUUCCAAAAUGCAACCACGGACCCAAUGGGAUCGAGCUGCCGCGCUGACGUGUCUGUCUCCGUGUUCCCGAUCUCGAUGGCCAUGGGCGCCGUGUUCGCGGUCACGUACCUCGCCAUCGGCUUCUUCAUCAACAAGAUCGGAAGAAAGACCCUUUACUGUGGAAUAAUGUUCGUCUGUGGUGUUGCCACGGUGGGAGCAGCGUUCGUGCCCCACGGUGGGGCUGCCACCGCCCUGCUCAUAGUCUCGCUGUGCUCAGGAUGUGCGGCCUCGAUAUUAGCUGCCAUUGUUGUCGACGUGUUCCCCACCUGCUUAAGGGCCAUGGCGAUGUGCGUGAUGUACAUGGUGGGACGUGGAGGCGCUGCAGUGGGCUCCAACUUCCUCGGAGCCACCCUGGACACGCACUGUCAAACAGCCUUCACGGUUUUCGGAGUUUUUACCGCGGGCUCCACAAUUUUAAUGGUGUUUUGGCCAAAACCGGAGAAAGUACGAGAAGAAAUGGAACAAAAAGGUCUCUCGUAUUAAUGAUAAAUUACAAUUGAUGAAAUUCUCAAGACUGCUACGGUUACAGGUGUAAUUGUAAAAUAAAUUCAGUUGUAAUGUUUUGUAUUUAAUUACUUUAGGUAUCAAUAAAACUUGUUUUUCGAA